GCAGCGCGGGUCGGACCAGCGGCGGCGGCCGGAGAUGCAGCGGGGAGGAGCCGCGCUGUGCCUGCGCCUGUGGCUCUGCCUCGGACUGCUCGACGGCGAGUGCGGCCUGGCAAGGGGCUACUCCAUGACCCCCCCAACUCUAAACAUCACGGAGGAGACACACAUCAUUGACUCCGGUGACAGCCUAUCCAUCUCCUGCAGGGGGCAGCACCCCCUUGAGUGGUCCUGGCCAGGGGCUCAGGAGACGCCAGCCACCAGGGAGAAGGAUGGCGAGGACGUGGGAGUUGUGCAAGACUGCGAGGGCACGGACACCAGACCCUACUGCAAGGUGCUGCUGCUGCCCGAGGCACACGCCAACAACACAGGCAGCUACCGCUGCUACUACAAGUACAUCAAGGCCCGCAUCGAGGGCACCACAGCCGCCAGCACCUACGUGUUUGUGAGAGACUUGGAGCAGCCAUUCAUCAACAAGCCAGACACGCUCCUGGUCAACAGGAAGGAUUCCAUGUGGGUGCCCUGCCUGGUGUCUAUCCCCGGCCUCAACAUCACACUGAGAUCGCAAAACUUAGCACUGCAGCCUGAUGGGCAGGAGCUGGUGUGGGACGACCGCCGGGGCAUGCGGGUGCCCACGCCACUGCUGCGCGAUGCACUGUACCUGCAGUGCGAGACCACCUGGGGUGGCCAGGCCUUCCUCUCCAAUCCCUUCCUCGUGCAUAUCACAGGCAAUGAGCUCUAUGACAUCCAGCUGUUCCCCAAGAAGUCGCUGGAGCUGCUGGUCGGGGAGAAGCUGGUCCUGAACUGCACAGUGUGGGCCGAAUUCAACUCGGGUGUCACCUUCGACUGGGACUACCCAGGGAAGCAGGCAGAGCGGGGUAAGUGGGUGCCAGAGCGGCGCUCCCAGCAGACUCACACAGAGCUGUCCAGCAUCCUGACCAUCUACAACGUCAGUCAGAAUGACCUGGGCCCCUAUGUGUGUGAGGCCAACAAUGGCAUCCAGCGAUUCCGGGAGAGCACCGAGGUCAUCGUGCAUGAAAAGCCCUUCAUCAGCGUCGAAUGGCUCAAGGGUCCUGUCCUGGAGGCCACGGCAGGAGAUGAGCUGGUGAAGCUGCCUGUGAAGCUAGCGGCAUACCCUCUACCGGAGUUCCAAUGGUACAAGGACAAGAAGUCAGUGUCUGGGCGCCACAGUCCACAUGCCCUGGUGCUCAAGGAGGUGACGGAGGCCAGCGCGGGCAUCUACACCCUCGCCCUGUGGAACUCUGCGGCCAGCCUGCAGCGCAACAUUAGCCUGGAGCUGGUGGUGAAUGUGCCCCCCCACAUCCACGAGAAGGAGGCUUCCUCCCCCAGCACCUACUCCCGCCACAGUCGCCAGGCCCUCACCUGCACUGCCUACGGGGUGCCCCCCCCUCUCAGUGUCCAGUGGCACUGGCGGCCAUGGACACCCUGCAAGACCUUCACCAAGCGCAGCCUCAGCCGGCGGCAGCAGAGAGACCACAUGCCACAGUGCCAGGACUGGCGAGAGGUGACCACCCAGGAUGCUGUGAACCCCAUCGAGAGCCUGGACACCUGGACUGAGUUUGUGGAGGGGAAGAAUAAGACGGUGAGCAAGCUGGUGAUCCAGGACGCCAACGUGUCUGCCAUGUACAAGUGUGUGGUCUUCAACAAAGUGGGCCAGGACGAGCGGCUCAUCUACUUCUACGUGACCAACAUCCCCGAUGGCUUCAGCAUAGAAUCCGAACCAUCGGAGGAGCCCCUAGAGGGCCAAGAGGUGCGCCUGAGCUGCCGGGCAGACAACUACACCUACGAGCAUCUGCGUUGGUACCGCCUCAACUUGUCCACGCUGCACGAUGCUCAUGGGAACCCGCUGCUGCUCGACUGCAAAAACGUGCACCUCUUCGCUACGCCGCUGGCAGCCCGCCUGGAGGAGGUGGCGCCAGGGGCACGCCACACCACGCUCAGCCUGACCAUCCCCAGUGUGGCACCUGAGCACGAAGGCGACUACGUAUGCGAGGUGCAGGACCGUCGCAGCCACGACAAGCACUGCCACAAGAAGUACCUGUCAGUGCAGGCCCUGGAAGCCCCGCGGCUCACGCAGAACUUGACCGACCUCCUGGUGAACGUGAGCGACUCCCUGGAGAUGCGGUGCCCGGUGGCCGGGGCACACGUGCCCAGUAUCUUGUGGUACAAAGACGAGAGGCUGCUGGAGGAAGAGUCCGGAAUCGACCUGGCGGACUCGAACCAGAAGCUCAGCAUACAGCGCGUGCGUGAGGAGGACGCGGGCCGCUAUCUGUGCAGCGUCUGCAAUGCCAAGGGCUGCGUCAACUCCUCUGCCAGCGUGGCCGUGGAAGGCUCCGAGGAUAAAGGCAGCAUGGAGAUCGUGAUCCUUGUCGGCACUGGGGUCAUCGCUGUCUUCUUCUGGGUCCUCCUUCUCCUCAUCUUCUGUAACAUGAGGAGGCCAGCCCACGCAGAUAUCAAGACGGGCUACCUGUCCAUCAUCAUGGACCCGGGGGAGGUGCCUCUGGAGGAGCAGUGUGAAUACCUGUCCUAUGAUGCCAGCCAGUGGGAGUUCCCCCGGGAGCGGCUGCACCUUGGGAGAGUCCUAGGCCAUGGAGCCUUCGGGAAGGUGGUGGAGGCCUCGGCUUUUGGAAUUCACAAGGGCAGCAGCUGUGACACUGUGGCUGUGAAAAUGCUGAAAGAGGGCGCCACAGCCAGCGAGCACCGCGCCUUGAUGUCGGAGCUCAAGAUCCUAAUCCACAUCGGCAACCACCUCAACGUCGUCAACCUCUUGGGGGCGUGCACCAAGCCCAGCGGCCCCCUCAUGGUGAUCGUGGAGUUCUGCAAGUACGGCAACCUCUCCAACUUCUUGCGUGCCAAGCGGGAGGCCUUCAGCCCCUAUGCGGAGAAGUCCCCUGAACAGCGAAGGCGCGUCCGCACCCUGGUGGAAGGUGCCAGAGCUGACCGGAGGAGGCCGGGAGGCAGCGACGGGGCCCUACUGUCCCGGCUCCUCGUGGGCAAGGGCGCGGCAGGGCGGGCGCCUGCGGGCCCGGAAGCCCAGGACUUGUGGCUGAGCCCGCUGACCAUGGAAGACCUUGUCUGCUACAGCUUCCAGGUGGCCCGAGGGAUGGAGUUCCUGGCCUCACGCAAGUGUAUCCACAGGGACCUGGCUGCUCGGAACAUAUUGUUGUCAGAAAGCGAUGUGGUGAAGAUCUGUGACUUCGGCCUGGCCCGAGACAUCUACAAAGACCCUGACUAUGUGCGAAAGGGCAGUGCCCGGCUGCCACUGAAGUGGAUGGCCCCUGAGAGCAUCUUCGAUAAGGUGUAUACCACGCAGAGUGAUGUAUGGUCCUUUGGGGUGCUGCUCUGGGAGAUCUUCUCACUGGGGGCCUCCCCCUACCCGGGGGUGCAGAUCAAUGAGGAGUUCUGCCAGAGGCUGAAAGAGGGCACACGGAUGAGAGCCCCGGAGCUGGCCACUCCUGCCAUACGCAGCAUCAUGCUGAGCUGCUGGUCAGGAGACCCCAAAGAGAGGCCUGCGUUCUCGGAGCUGGUGGAGAUCCUGGGGGACCUGCUCCAGGGCAGGGGCCAACAGGAGGAUGAGGACUGCAUGGCCCCCUGCGGCUCUCAGAGCUUGGAGGAGGGCAGCUUCUUGCAGGCGUCCACCAUGGCCCUGCAUGCUGCCAAGGCUGACAUCGAGGACAGCCCACUGAGCCUGCACCCGCACAGCCUGGCCACCAGAUAUUACAACUGUGUGUCUUUUCCGGGGUGCCUAGCCAGAGGGACUCAGACCCAGGGCCCCUCCAGGAUGAAAACAUUCGAAGAAUUUCCCAUGACCCUGACCACCUACAAGGCUUCCGUGGAUAACCAGACGGACAGUGGGAUGGUGCUGGCCUCUGAGGAGUUUGAGCAGCUGGAGAGCAGGUACAGACAAGAAAGCAGGCUCAGCUGUAAAGGAUCGGGCCGGAAUGUGGACAUGACCAGGGUGCACCCCGACAGCCAGGGGCGGCGGCAGCGGCCAGACCAGGGGGCACAGGGAGGCCAGGUGUUCUACAACAGCGACUCUUCAACAGAUGAUUUUUCAUUAGAACUUCAGAGACUGGGCUGCUGUGAAGAGUUUCUCUUUCAAAACUUUAGUCUGAGGGGGGCCCAGGGAAGCUUUUUGUGAAUUUAGAUGAUUCUUGCCUCUGAACCCCGCCCCAGUCAGGUGCCCACAUAGCACAAGCCUCUCUGGCCUCACCUGCCUGGCCCAAAAUUGGAAGAAGCACCUGAUGGUCCAGAGCUGAGAAAUGCCUGGUUCUUCCCCCUGGAUCUGCCACCCAAGGCACCUUCCAAGCUGUGAAUAGCCUUUUGAGAAGCAAACACCGUGGGACCCACUGAGGAAGGUCUCUAGUGCUGGCCCAGAGGAACCAGUGACAUUGCUCUGUGCCAGGAGGCUGUCAGCAGGUGUUCUUGUGGCCCUGGGGGUGCCUGCGUUCUUCCCCCCGGUCUGUGCCUGAUGGUGCCCUGGCCGGCCAAGCCUCUGCUCUCUCAGGGAGCAGCCCAGGGCCCUCUGGAGGCUGGAGCUGUUCUGCCCAGGUCCCCUCCCCAGUACAGCACCUACUGCCCAGUUACCCCUACUCCCAGCUGGAGAAAGACCCUUCUCCAGAUAGCACCAUGAAAGUGGACAGUCCCUCCACCCUCGCCAUGAGGCGCUUGCAGGACAGGCGGCCGUGCAGCGAGCAGGGGCUUGCCGCAGAACCCCCCACCCCUCUGCCUGCUGUGUAUUGUUCCUUUGAGAUAUGUCGAAUGCACGUGUGACAUCCUCACUGUCUCCAGUGGCCCUCCUUCUCUGAUGUCACCUGGCCAGGAGACAGAGGUCUCAGGUUUACAUGGUCGACAUUCCAAGGCUGUUCUUAAGCAGAAGAGCAAGCUUCAUGAUGCAGGUGCAGGGGCGGUGCCCUGGAACCCUCCCUCCAUGCAUACCACCUAUGUCACCUCUCUUCCUGUCACGUAACUGCACACACAAAACUGUACUGGGAAGAAAACCGACCACAGCCUUGUAGACCGUAUGUUCUGAAAAUAUCUAAAGUAUUUAACAAAAGAUAAUAAUAAAUUUGAUGCCAGUC